AUGAGCGACUCGGAAGACGAUGUUGUGAUGAUGACGCCCAGUAAACCAAAGAAAAAACCGGCCGCUCCCCGCAAGAAGAAGACCACAGGAGCAGCGGGUAAAGCCACGGCCAGGAAGACGCAGACCACGAAAGCCAAGGCGCCUGCCAAGAAGAAAAAGAAGAGCGACACGUGGGACAGCGACGCCUCGGAUGACGCGAGCGAGGGCUCUGCUUACGACGUGGACGGCAGCGGAGAUGAAGCCACGCCCGCCGCCAACGCAGAGGAGGGCAAGGGCACCCCCAAGCAGAGUAUCGAGCAGAUUUACCAGAAGAAGACCCAACUGGAGCACAUUCUGCUGCGUCCUGACACGUACGUAGGCUCCAUCGAGCACGUGGAGCAGAGCAUGUGGGUGUUUGACGACGAGAAGCAGCGGAUGGUCCUGAAGAAGAUCAACUACGUGCCUGGACUGUACAAGAUCUUUGACGAGAUCAUCGUCAACGCGUGCGACAACAAGCAGCGCGACAAGUCGAUGAACACACUGAAGGUGACAAUCGACGUGGAGAAGAACGAGAUCUCGGUGUGGAACAAUGGCAAAGGCAUCCCCAUUGUGCUGCAUAAGGAGCACAAGGUCUACGUCCCGGAGCUGAUCUUCGGCCACUUACUCACGGGCAGCAACUUUGACGACAAGAAGAAGAAAACCACCGGUGGACGCAACGGCUACGGCGCCAAACUCGCCAAUAUUUUCUCCAACGAGUUCGUCGUCGAGACUGCAGACUCGAGCACAAAGCAGAAGUACAAGCAGGUGUUCGAGAGCAACAUGAGCAAGAAGAACCCGCCGUCCAUCACCAAGUGGGCGCAGAAGGACUUUACGUGCAUCUCGUUCAAGCCUGACCUGGAGCGCUUCAAACUCGACUUCCUCAACGACGACAUCGUCUCGCUCUUCAAGAAACGCGUGUACGACGUCGCUGGCGUCUCCGGGAAGGGGAUGAAUGUCUUUCUGAAUGGGGACAAGAUCCCCAUCAAGUCGUUCCCGCAGUAUGUGGCGCUGUACCCUGGACCUCGUGGAUAUGAAGCUGACAAAGACAAGGACGACGAGGACGCGCACCCGGACGAGAACGGGGACGACGACGACGAAGACUACAGCGAGGACAAGGCCAAGAAGGCGAAGGCUGCCAGGGCCAAGCCGUCGAACGUCACCAAGAACGGCGUUAUCUUUGAAAAGCCAGACGAGCGCUGGCAGGUUGGCGUGGGGAUGAGCGAGGAUGGCUUCCAGCAACAUGUCUCGUACAUCGUGGACCAGAUCACGGCCAAACUGGUCAGCGUGCUGAAGAAGAAGAACAAGGGCGAGGCUGUCAAGCCCAACUACAUCAAGAACCACAUGUUCGUCUACGUGAGCGCGCUGAUCGACAACCCCGCCUUCGACUCUCAGACCAAGGAGACGCUGACCACUCGAGCCAACAGCUUUGGGUCAACGUUCAACCUCAGCGACAAAUUCCUCAAGCAACUUGAAAAGAGCGGCCUGGUGGAGAAGAUUCUGUCGUUCGCUGCGUUCAAGCAGACCGCAGAGCUGCGACGCAAGGGUGGCAGCAGCGGCAAGCGGUCGCGUCUCACGGGUAUCCCCAAACUGGACGAUGCCAAUCACGCCGGCACCGCGAAGAGCAAGGACUGCACGCUGAUCCUGACCGAGGGAGAUUCCGCCAAGACGAUCCUCAAGAACGAAGAAAUCCAAAAUGUGGUCAAGAUCCUCGGCCUCAAGUACGGACAGAAGUACGAAUCGACCAAGGGCUUGCGCUACGGGCAUCUGAUGAUCAUGGCCGAUCAGGAUCACGAUGGUAGCCACAUCAAGGGCCUGGUGAUCAAUCUCAUCCACCACUUCUGGCCGUCGCUGCUGGUCGUGGACGGAUUUCUGCAAGAGUUCAUCACUCCGAUCGUUAAGUGCACUAAGGGCCGCACAAAGGAGGUCUUUUACACGAUGCCAGAGUACGAGGCAUGGCGGGAGAGAACCAACCAAGGACGCGGCUGGGUCAUCAAGUACUAUAAGGGUCUCGGUACGAGCACGGCCGCAGAAACGAAAGAGUACUUCUCCGACCUGCAGACCCAUCAGAUUGGGUUCACGUACGACGGAGAUGGAGACGCUGAUGUGAUCGACAUGGCGUUCUCCAAGAAGCGUGUUGAGGACCGCAAGGAUUGGCUUCGAGGCUACGAGCCUGGCACCUAUGUGGACUACGACGUGGACGAGAUGGGCUACACAGAGUUCGUGAACAAGGAGCUCAUCCUUUUCUCCAUGGCAGAUAAUAUCCGCUCAAUCCCUAGCGUCAUGGACGGAUUCAAGCCGUCUCAGCGUAAAGUCUUGUUCUGCUGCUUCAAGCGUAAUCUUCGGGCGGAGCUCAAGGUGGCACAGCUGGCUGGUUACGUGUCCGAGCACUCUGCAUACCACCACGGAGAAGCGAGUCUCCAGGGUUGUAUCGUGAACAUGGCGCAGGACUUCGUCGGUAGCAACAACAUCCACCUUCUGUCCCCGAUCGGUCAGUUCGGUACGCGUCUGAUGGGCGGCAAGGACGCAGCCAGUGCUCGUUACAUUUUCACCAACUUGGAGCAGCUUACUCGACUGAUCUACCAUCCCCUGGACAACGACUGCCUCAAGUAUCUAAGUGAAGACGGACAGUCGAUCGAGCCGGAGUGGUACAUCCCCAUUAUCCCCAUGGUGCUCGUGAACGGCAGCGACGGUAUCGGAACGGGUUGGUCCAGCUCAGUCCCCAACUACAACCCGCUCGACAUCAUCAAGGGUCUGCGUCAGAUGAUCAACGGAGAGGAAAUAGCUCCACUUACCCCGUGGUACCGUGGAUUUACCGGCCAUAUCGUUGAGAAGGCGAACUCGCGCGGAACUGAUACGGGCAACUACAUUGUCCAGGGCCUGUACGAAGUUACGGACGACAGCACGCUCGUGGUCUCGGAGCUCCCAGUGAAGUCCUGGACGCAGACGUACAAGCAGUUUUUGGAGGGACUUCUGGAUGCGGGUACGAUCAAGGACUUUAAGGAAAACCACACCGAUGUCAAGGUGCUGUUCACGAUCACAAUGGAACCAAAGGCGCUGAGUGACGUCACGAAGGCCCCGGGCGGAAUCGUAAAGAAGUUCAAGCUCGAAUCAUCCCUCUCUACCUCCAACAUGCACCUGUUUGACGCUGCCGGACACAUCAAGAAGUACGAAAACCCCAAGGAGAUCAUGGCCGAGUUUUACGGGAUCCGUCUCGAGUACUACGGACGCAGGAAGAAGGCGAUGCUGCAGAAGCUGCAGGACCAGAUCAAGCUCCUGUCGAACAAGGCUCGCUUUGUUCUCGCUGUCGUGGAAGGCAAGCUGGUAGUCAACAACCGCAAGAAGCAGGAGCUGCUGGAAGAGUUGAUGGCGGAAGGCUACGAUCAGAUUGUGUCGAAGACCAAGAAGAAGCCUGACAAUGAGGACUCAAAUGAGUCUGAAGAUGAGGAACCCAACGUGGCAGACGUCAGCAGAGGCUACGACUACUUGCUGUCGAUGAAGAUCUGGAGUUUGACAAAGGAACGCGUCGACAAGCUGCGUGCGGAGCUCCAGGAGCGCGAACACGAGUACAGCGUCUUGGAAGGCAGAACAGUGCAGGAUCUGUGGCUCACAGACUUGGAUGCUCUCGAGAAAAUGCUCGUCGAGACCGAAGCAGAGCGAGAGAGGAUCCUGACGCACACUCCCAAGAAGAAAGGAGGAAGGGGCAAGAAGCCAGCGAAGAAGAGGAAGCGAAAGAACGACAGUGACGCUGACGACGGUGACGACUCGGACUUCGAAGUUGCAGGCUCGAAGGCGGCGCGUAAAAAGCCGAAGACUCAAGUCAAGCGGCCAGUCAAGAAAGAACCUACUGCGAGCAAGACGAACGGCACAGCCAAGACGAACAGCGCGAAGGAGAAGAAGACGAAUGGCGCCAAGUCAAGUAACAUCACGUCGUUCUUCAAGCCCAAGGAGCCACCUGCCGCCAAGGAGGAAAGCGAAGAGGAAGUCGAGGAGCUUUCGCUGGCGGAGCGGCUUGCUCGGAGGUUUAAGGUAUCGCCGCAAAAGGUGACAGCUGUCUCGACCUCUAGCUCUGCAAAGCGCGCAACCAAGCCAGCUGCAACAACUGAUCUGGCGAGCUCUGACGAUGAGAAGCCCAAGGCCAAGGACGACGAGGACGACGUGUUUGCCAUGGAGUCAGAUGAUGCUGCAAAGAAACCAGCGAAGCUCAAGGCCAAGGCGCCUGCACGAAAGGCUGCCCCGAAGAAGGCAGCGCCACCCAAAGAGGCCACGCCUGCUAAGAAGAAGGCUAAGAAAUCGCCUUUGGAGGACGAAAGCGAAGACGAAGCCAGUGAGGACGGCGCUGAUCCUUCUCCAGUGGCGCCUCGUCCGCAGCGUGAACGUCGCACUCAAAAGCGCAUCGUGUACGAAGAAAUCUCAAGCGAUGAGGACAACGGCGAGGACAAGAACGACGAGGAAGAGAGUUUCGCCAUGGAGGACGAUGCCGACGACAGCGAUUUCGAGUAACUUGUGGUAGUAACUGUGCCUGCAGCGGUGCAGGACUGAAAGCGGACGAAAACGAAAACAGUCGACGGACCAGUGCAUAAUCUUGGAACACGAUCGGACAGCUAGGGGGGGGGGGGGCGACGUGGCAACUCGUAAUUCAUUAAUUCAGCGUAUUCUUUAGCAGGUCCA